GUACAAAGGAGGCCGUCUGCCUCCUUUGUCCUGGAUUUGGGAGCUGAGCGCCUCCGUCGCCACUGGCUUUCCUGCCCCAGCUCCGGCCUCUCUCAUCUUGGGAAUCUGCGUCAGAAGUCACCGGCAGUCCCGCCAGAGAAUUGCUGUGAAGGCCAGGGAAAACAGCUACAAAAUGUAACUACUAAUAAGAAGGCUACCAGCACUUGUGAGAUGGCAAAAGCAGCUUGCCAGGAAGAUGAAGCUCCCUAUUUUCAUAGUAGAUGCAUUCACAGCGAAAGCAUUUCGUGGAAAUCCUGCUGCUGUUUGCCUUCUAGAAAAUAAAUUGGAUGAAGAUGUGCGUCAAAGCAUUGCAAAGGAAAUGAACCUCUCUGAAACAGCCUUUAUCCAAAAACUUCAGCCCACAGACAACUUUGCACACAGUUCCCAUUUUGGACUCAGGUGGUUCACGCCGGCAAGUGAGAUCCCACUCUGUGGCCACGCCACCCUGGCUUCUGCAGCUGUGCUGUUUCACAAAAUAAACAAUGUGAAUAGCACUCUAACUUUUGUCACUCUGAGUGGGGAGCUCAGGGCCACGAGAGCAGAGGAUGGUGUCGUCAUGGAUUUUCCUCUGUACCCAGCCCACCCCCAGGACUUCCAUGAAGUAGAGGCCUUGAUCAAGACUGCCAUCGGGGACACACUGGUCCAGGAUGUCCGCUAUUCUCCAGAUAUCCGAGGUCUGCUUGUCCGGCUCAGUGACAGCUACGACAGGUCGUUUCUGGAGAACCUGAAGGUGAACACGAGCAAUCUGCUGCAAGUUGAGAACACAGGGAAGGUCAAAGGACUCAUUCUCACCCUCAAAGGAGAGCCUGGUGGGGAGACCCACGCCUUCGACUUUUACUCCAGAUAUUUUGCACCGUGGUAUGGUGUGGCUGAAGAUCCUGUAACAGGAUCUGCACACACUGUCCUCAGCAGCUACUGGUCCCAGCAGCUGGGCAAGAAAGAAAUGCGUGCCUUUCAGUGUUCCUGCCGAGGAGGAGAACUGAAGUUAUCCCUGCGUUCAGAUGGACGAGUUGACAUUAGGGGAGACGCCGCUGUUGUGGUGGAGGGCACGCUGUCUGUCUAGGAAUGGCUGCACUGGGAUGCCACUAUCUCUAGUGACAGCAUUUUCUGCAUAAAAAGAAAUGCAAGGGGCUGGCUGUCUUUAGCAAACUCACAUAGUGGGCAGUAACCAGCUUGAUUGUUGUGUUAAAACAGGAAAAUUAAGACAUACUAGUGGAGAUUUGAUAAUGCUUCCAGAUUAAUUAACUAAUGGAGUUUUGGCUCCACUCAUUAGUGUAUUUGAAAUGUAGUCUAUAACAGAGAAAAAUCUUGUCACUUAUUUUGAUUAUGCUGACUGGUCAGAGAAUGAGGAAUGCAUUUAUGAAGAAUGAGGUUAAAUCAUUUAAACUUAGGGGCAAGUACCUGGUAGAAUAUUUUGUAGCUAUUAAAAAACAUAAUAACUGGCCGGCGCCUUGGCUCAAUAGGCUAAUCCUCCGCCUUGCGGCGCCGGCACACCGGGUUCUAGUCCCGGUCGGGGCGCCGGAUUCUGUCCCGGUUGCCCCUCUUCCAGGCCAGCUCUCUGCUAUGACCAGGGAGUGCAGUGGAGGAUGGCCCAGGUGCUUGGGCCCUGCACCCCAUGGGAGACCAGGAAAAAGCACCUGGAUCCUGGCUCCUGCCAUCGGAUCAGCGCGGUGCGCAGCCUGCAGCGGCGGCCAUUGGAGGGUGAACCAACGGCAAAGGAAGACCCUUUCUCUCUCUGUCUCUCUCUCUCACUGUCCACUCUGCCUGUCAAAAAUAAAAAAAUAAUAAUAAAAAUAAAAAAAAACAUAAUAACUAUGUGGAAAUAUAGAAAAAAUUUCAUGAUGACUAUUAAGUAAAGAAAGCUAUAAUAAGGCCACAAAAUGUUAGCAAUGCUUUACUAAGUGUGUAGAGAAUGUGAAUUUAUAUGAACAGGCAUGGGCCAUGAAAAUAGCCAAGUGAAAACAGUUUGUGUGUGUGUGGGGUGGUUUAAGAUCAGGAGUAAUUUUAACAUAUUUGAAAAGUUAUUUCUUCUGUUGUUGCUCCAUGUACAUUAACCAGGACAAAACCCAGAAAAUUUUAAAAAGUGUGUUUUAGGCUGCUUCCUGUGGUUGUAAAAUUAAACACUGAAACUAUGGAAACUUUUUUCAUGACUUGUGGCAUUAGAGUGCUAACUUAAAAGGGUUAAUUAAUUAAUUAAUUAAAUGGGUUUUAUCAUACCUGCAAGUUUAGUUAAGACUAUGGUGUUGAAUCUCCAUAGGGUAGUUGACUUUGGGAUGGGGACUUUCUCGAGUUGUCAAGAGAGUAUUUGUGUAAGAUGAUCUCAUUGAUGGCAAUUCUCAACCAGCUCAAAACUGCAGGGAAUCAGUUAGGAAUUCCUGUUGGGUACCUUAAUUACUACCAUGCUUCCCCUUAUUACCUAUUUUUUCUCAGUGUAGCAGCAAUCUUAUGUUUACCCUGAAUUCCAACAGAGUGAGUCACUUCAGCAUGUUCAGUGCCUCAGCUCACUGAACGAUCAGUGCUCUCCCACAGACCUUGCCACUCAUCAGCACACACCCUCAGGACAUCAUUCCGAGGCGGGAGCCACUGGAGGGUUUUCUCUAAAUGGGAGGCUUUCCUGAGCUGGGCUGGAACAAUAGGAAGAAUUUUGUAUAACUGCAUAGUUGGAUGGGCACUGAGGUCUGUCCUUUUCUUCUCUUUUCUUUUCCUUUCCUUUUCCUUUUCUCCUUUCUCCUUUCUCCUUUCUCCUUUCUCCUUUCUCCUUUCCUUUUAGUUUACUUGGUAGACAUAGAGAGGGGCAGAUAGAGAAGAAAGAGAAUUUCCAUCCACAAGCUCCUUCUCCCAAGUGCCUGCAAUGACUGGGGCUGAGCUGGAGCUGAUGGCAGGAACCAGGCACAGUCUAGUUCUCCUACAUGGGUGACAGGUACUCAAUUACUGGAGCCAUCACUGCUCCCCCAGGGCCUGCACUGGCAGGAAGCUGGAGUUGAGCAGGCGUCUUAACUGCUAGGCUACGUGCCCACUCCUAAGCUCUUACUAGGCAUUUUUGGGAAGCAAGUCCCUGAGCUGAUUCCUACUUCCUGAGCCAGCCUCCAGAGUGGCUUCUGCGGUGCAGCCCUGCACAGUCCCCUCCCUCUCUGCACCGGGGUUGGUUUGCAAGACCAAUAUUUUUACAUGAAAGAUUGCUAUUUGUAGUAUCAGAGUUGACUUUUCUUUCUAUAUUUUCAAAAUAUAUAUCCACUUUAAAAAAAAACUGAUUUAUUUGUUUUAAUGGUGGAAUGACAGAGAAAAGGAGAGAGACACACACACAGAGAUAUCUUCUAUCUCUGCGAAUGGCUUCAACAGCCAUGUCUGGGCCAGGCCAAUGCCAGGAGCCAGGAAUGUCAUCCCAGUCUCCCACAUGGGUAGUAGGGGCCAAACAGUUGGGCCGCCUUCUGCUGCUGUCCCAGGUACAUUAGCCAGAAGCUGAAUCGGAUGUGGAACAGCCAGAACUUGAACCAGAAGCAGGGGCUUAACCUCUUAAUAUUAUCACAGUGGCAAUUGAAUUUCCACCUGAGUUUUAGAGGAGACAUUCAAACCAGAUACCAUGUAAUAGAUUACAUCAGAGCAUUCUCUCCCCUCUUUGCAUUUCUGUUUAGGAAACCAAAUUAUAAUCGGAAAACUACUUGGUGACUGUGGAGCCAGAACGAGGAGAGUCAGUAAAAUAGGCUUAAAUGGCAGAUGUCAUCAAGACGUGAUAACAGUGCCUUAGAAUCACCACUUCAGCAGGGCUUGAGAAUCCCAGUGUGCUGCAUUCAAUUUGCUUGAAUUUGUGCAUGCUCAGGUCAGGGCCAGAUAUGACUUUAAUGAUUUUGGAAGAACCACAAUCCCUAAUUCAAGUCAACAACUUCAUCCAGCACACAAACAGUGUUGUAUUCCAGUGCUAUAGAAAAACAUGGAACCAGAGUGCCUGGGUUUGAGUUCUGGCUUCACUUCUGAUUCUAGCUUCCAACUAAUGCACAUCUGGGAUGCAGCAGAUGAUGGCCCAAUACUUGAGUCCCUGCCACCCACCAGGGAAACCUGGACUGAGUUCACAGCUCCUGGCUUUGGUCUUGUCCAGUCCAGGCUGUCACAGGCAUUUGAGAUGUGAACCAGAGGGUGGGAAUAUUUCUCUCUCUCUGCCUUUCAAAUAAACAUUGAAAAUAAAUGAAUAAAAAUUUAUUUAGAAAAAAAGGAAAAUGAGCAUGCUGGGCUGGUGGAUGGGUUUAUCUGUCUCCCAUGCUAAACAGGUCUAUGGAUUGUCAAAGUCGAUUUAGUGACACUCAAUUUCUGCCUAAUGCACUCUGGUGGCUGGACUCCAAAGCAGCUUCUGGGGUGUGGGCCCUAUGCAGUCCCCUCCCUCUCUGCACUAGGGUUGGUCUGCAAGACCAAUAGACUAAAGAGAAGUGAUGGUAUGUCACUUCUGAUAUUUGGUUACAAAAGCCUGCAUCUUCUGUUUUGGUUAAUAUCUACCUGUUUCUUCUGGAUCACUUGCCCUGUGGGAAGCCAGCUGCCUCAUCAUGAGCAGCGGGGUGGGGUAGGGGAUUGUACUUCCAGCCACCUGCCACACAAAUGAGCUUAAAAGCAGAUCCUCAGCCGGGGCAAGCCCCAGAUGACUGCCUACACCUUGACAGUCACCUUGUGGGCCUCCCCAAGACACAGGCCCCCAGAUAAGCUGCUCCAGAUUCCUGCUCACAGAAACUGAGACAAUUAAUGCCUGUUCAAACUUACUAAAUCGUGAGGUGAUUUGUUUUGUAGCAAUAGAUAAUGAGUAAACAUAAUGCUGUUUAUAUAGUUUCAUUAUUAAUUUUAUUAUGGAAAUUUCAAUCAUACUCAGAAGUAGAAACAAGCCCCCACAAACUUAUCACCCAGAUUCAACAAUGAAAAUAUUUUAAAAAUAUUAUUUGACACCUAAUAUCUAUAUGAUCACUUAAAAUUUUUUUUUUAAAUUUGACAGGUAGAGUUAUAGACAGUGAGAGAGAGACAGAGAGAAAGGUCUUUCUUCCAUUGGUUCACUCCUUAAAUGGCCACUAUGGCUGGCACUGCACCGAUCCGAAGCCAGGAGCCAGGUACUUCUUCCUGGUCUCCCAUGUGGGUGCAGGGGCCCAUGCACUUGAGCCAUCCUCCAUUGCCCUCCCAGGCCACAGCAGAGAGCUGGACUGGAAGAGGAGCAACUGGGACUAGAACCCGGCACCCAUAUGGGAUGCUGGCACCACAAGAGGAGGAUUAACCAAGUGAGCUAUGGCACCAGCCCCAAUAUAUAUGAUCACUUUAACACUUAAGAUGGCAUUUUUACCACCCAGCUUAAUGGGAUUUGGGGUCCCAUGGCAAGUUUAAAUGUUAGAGUGAUCAUAUAGAUAGGAUUGUUAAAGGGAUCAUAUAAAUAAGAUCAAAUGUCUGGUAAUAAUAGAUGGAAUUAAAAAGGAAAGAAUGUUCCAACAUGGGAAGCAGUCCACACAGCAGACUCAUAGAAUGACAAUUGCUUUAAAUAGCACUCUGACCUCAGAAUCAGCCUUUAAGACAUUCUGGCCUGGUUGAAAAGCCCACGAGAGCAUUUCAGGCAUGAAAAGCCAAGACACUGUGGCAAAAAAAAAGUCUUACAUGAAGGACCUCUGUGGGUGAGACCCCAGUGGGAAGAAGAGGCCAUCAAAGAAGGAUGUACUUUUCUCUGAAGGGAGGAGAGAACUUCAACUUUGCUUAUUGCCCUAUCUAAAUACCGAUGGAGAUUGUGGAUUCAAAAGGCUUCCAUAGCCUUGGCAGCUCAUGUCAAGAGCCUCGGAGGCCGGCGCCGCAGCUCAAUAGGCUAAUCCUCCGCCUUGCAGUGCCGGCACACUGGGUUCUAGUCCUAGUUGGGGCGCCAGAUUCUGUCCCGGUUGCUCCUUUUCCUGUCCAGCUCUCUGCUGUGGCCUGGGAGUGCAGUGGAGGGUGGCCCAAGACCUUGGCCCUGCACCCACAUGGGAGACAAGGAAAAGCACCUGGCUCCUGGCUUCAGAUCAGCGUGGUGCACUGGCCGCAGCAGCCAUUGGUGGGGUGAACCAAUGGAAAAGGAAGACCUUUCUCUCUCUCUUUCUCACUGUCCACUCUGCCUGUCAAAAAAAGAAAAAAAAAGAGCCUCGGGUGAUCACUGACAUCAUACUUAAGAGUGUUAAUUGUUGGCCGGCACCGCGGCUCACUAGGCUAAUCCUCUGCCUUGCGGCGCCGGCACACCAAGUUCUAGUCCCGGUCUGGGCACCGGAUUCUGUCCCGGUUGCCCCUCUUCCAGGCCAGCUCUCUGCUGUGGCCAGGGAGUGCAGUGGAGGAUGGCCUAAGUACUUGGGCCCUGCACCCCAUGGGAGACCAGGAGAAGUACCUGGCUCCUGCCAUCAGAUCAGCAUGAUGCGCCGGCCGCGGUGGCCAUUGGAGGGUGAACCAACGGC